UCUUAAAAUGAUCUCUAUUCAUAUUGCAAGAAUUAAAGUGGGAUUGAUUUAGAUAAAUUUAUAAUUCUAGGCUAAAUUGCAUAAAGGCUUUCUGUUAGUACCUCCCAACAUCAGGUGAGUCAUUUAAUUUAUCUAUUAGCAGAAUGGUGAAAUGAAAUACUGAAAUAGGCGGUAGUUGACUGUAUAGCCCCGCCUUCAACUUAGUGUGAGAACAACACAGAUGACUUUGUUCCUUUUGCAAAACUUAACAGUUUGAAAAGCUCCAAAUAGUUUGCUUUUUCAAAAGAGAUAUUCGUGCUCUUGGCUGUAUUGUGAAUUACUGAAAUGUCAAACCAAGCUAAAAAACUAUCGACCUUUUAAGGUGGUUGGCCAAGAGCUAAGUUUGAAUUGGUUUCCAGUGUUCUUAGUGCAGGUUAUAUAUAGAUUCUAGUCUUCACAGGCUUCCUGGGGCUCUUAAUGUAGUCACACUGGGAGUCAUGAAUAUUUUUCCAGUAAUUCAAGGACCUCUAGAGGAUUUCAGACUGUAAGGUUUAUUCAUAUUCAGGCAAACACAGGAAAAAAACCUCAUCAAAAUGAACAGUUAACCAAGAGGAAGCAAUGUAACUAAAAGCACAGUGACUGUAGUACAAGUGGUCUUGUUAGGGUUAACAUGGUGGUUUAUUCCUAGAAAGAUCCAGGGGGGGAGCUUUAGAUCUAACUGCGGCUCACCAACAUCUGUAAUCCUUUAUUUCAAUAAUGGUUAGAAGUAGGUCUGAAUAUCUUCCCAGAGAGUGGUAUAAAUGUUUAGUUCUUUUUUGCCAGGAGAGGAGAGGUCUUUAUGAGACUUCAUUUAAAUUCUGAUUAUUAAACUGAGGCUUUAAUUGAUGUUAAUGCCUUAUCUAUAAAAUGUAAAACAAUCUAGAAUUUGCUUGGGGGGGUUGGGGAGUGGUAUUUCUAGGACUAAUACAUUGAAAACUGAUUCAGCCUCUAGUAACUGAACAGUUUUCAAUAGCAUGGUUAGUCAAAUUCAUUAUGACUUUUAACUUACAAGAAGCUUUUGGGGUAGGUUGGAGUAUUUAUUACAUAUUUUACUGUUUAAUGUCUAACGUUGGCCUUUAAUUUGUAAACAUUUAUUGAAAUGAUUGUGGGGCUGUGGAAAACAUUUACCUAUUUACCUUUGAAGUAAGUUUUAAGACAGUCCACUUUUUAGCAUGUGUGUUGUGUCCAGCCUGUGGUUGUCUUAACUAAUAAAUGUGAUUUUUCUCCCCAUUCUCUCUUUUAUUUAUUUGCGUAUAGGCCUCUCCCCUGGUGUGUUUUUCCUGAGUAUGGAAAACACAACAUGUUAAUAAUGCCCAGCUUUGCAGUUUGAUUAAUAUAAUUGCUUUCCAACACCACUGUUUUCAUUCUCUAAUUUUCUUUUUACAAACUCGAGCACGUCUUUGUAUAGAAUGAUUUUCUGAGCCUAUCUUACAACACCUUACACAUGAUGAAAAAUUUUAACUGUUCUUGUGCUACGUUUGCUCAAUUGCUAAGCUUUUGCCCUCAUUUCAUAAACUGCUCCUCCUCGGUAGUCUAGUGGAAUCUAGUACCUUGUUCCUUUCACCUGGAGUGAUUUUUCAAGGUUUCUGUAAGCAUUAUGAAGGAAGUUAGAAGUAAGGAAUCAUGGGCUUUGGAAUCAACGGUUUUCCUCAGUCUGAGCUUCACCACUUUUUCACUAUUUGGCCUAUUUCCUUAAGGGUUCCAGGUGUUAAAAUAGAGAUUGCAAGGUCGCAAGCCUGCUAGGUAAUCGUAGAUCUCUGUUUUAAAUAGUCACAAGGUUUACUGCGUGUUUGAUAAACCUUUAGAAGGGCCCCUUAUAUGCUAGUGGUUUGUGCCUGCACAUUCGCUUUUGCCCCUCCUUGCGGUUGGUUUCCAGGGUUCCCAGGUGAUGUGCUGACGGAGGACUGUCCUUCGAGAACCACUCCGAGGUGUGAAGGGACUGUACCCCCUCCCUCGCACGGCCCAGCUGCACUCCCAGGAGGACUGCCCUGGGGGUAGGCAUGCUAGCGGCAGCAUUUGCCUAGCGUUGCAACAAAGGCCUUGGUCUCUAAGCCACCACAGAGGGACUAAAAAUGGGAACCAAAGUUUAUUUUCGUGACCGUUUUUAAGAUUGAGAAAAGGGGUCUUUAGAUGAUGAUUUGGGGAACACCGAAGUAGUUUUAUGUCCGAUUUGCAAAAAAAACUGCUAAGGAAAGUAAAGCUGACUCAACAGUGGCUGUAGCACGAUGGUGAAAAGUAGGUAGGAAUGCCAUCCGGGCUGAUGAGGUCAGAUAAAAAGAACAGCCAAUUAGAGGGUAUCGGGCUUGAUUGAGGCGAGAAGGGGCACGAGGCCCGCGGCCGCCAUGUCGAGGGGGAGGUGCGCGGCGGCCGCGGCAGGAACAGGGACGCGCUUCCGUGGGUGGGUCGUGCGCACACGCACUUCCGUCGCGCCUGCGCAGUUGGCGCUCCGGCUCUUAGCGUAGUGGCGGUUAGUUGAGAUCAGCCGGCUAGCAGGAGACUGCCCCUUAAAUUCCGAGGCGAUGCGCUCUGGUGCAGCUGUCAGGGCCGGCCGCAAGGUCUGCAGGGUCCUGUUGUCUGGGUUUGGGGGUCGAGUAGAUGGAGGCCAGGCGGAGCGGCUGACAGAAGGGAGUAGCUCUCUCGGAGGGCCCCUGAGUUCGCACGAGGAGCUGCCCCGGGGGAGCGAGCCGAGAGAAGCCCCGGAGUCCGGUAGCGGGGGCAGCGAGGCGCUGGUGGAGAUGUGUCAGAGAAGAUAUUUCCUCAGUGGCACCGAGCGGCAGCUUAGCCGAGAGUCUCUUCUGAGCGGGUGCCACCCCGGCUUUGGUCCCUUGGGCAUAGAGUUGCGGAAGAACCUGGCGGCGGAAUGGUGGUCCUCGGUGGUAGCGUUCAGGGAGCAGGUCUUCCCGGUGGACGCCCUGCACCAUGAACCAGGCCCUGCGCUGCCCAGGGACAGUGCCUUCAGGUUAGUUUCUGCAGAAACGCUACGCGAAAUCUUGCAAGACAAAGAGAUGAGUAAGGAACAGCUAGUAGCAUUUCUUGAGAACUUACUAAAAACUUCUGGGAAGCUACGGGAGAGCCUUCUUCACGGUGCCUUGGAGCACUAUGUUAAUUGCCUGGAUCUGGUAAACAAGAGGUUACCUUAUGGCCUUGCUCAGAUUGGAGUGUGUUUUCAUCCUGUUUCUGAUACUAAGCAGACACCUGAUGGUGUUAAAAGAAUUGGUGAGAAGACUGAAGCUUCACUAGUAUGGUUCACUUCAGCAAGAACUGCAAGCCAAUGGCUUGAUUUCUGGCUACGUCAUCGACUCCUAUGGUGGAGAAAGUUUGCCAUGAGUCCAUCUAACUUCAGCAGCAGCGAUUGUCAGGAUGAAGAGGGACGAAAAGGAAACAAACUUUAUUACAAUUUUCCCUGGGGAAAGGAGCCAAUAGAAACCCUGUGGAAUUUAGGAGAUCAUGAACUUUUGCACAUGUAUCCUGGAAAUGGGUCUCAAUUAUACGGCCGAGAUGGACGAAAAAGUGUGGUUCCUUCUGUUUUAUCUAUAAAUGGAGAUCUAGACCGAGGCAUGUUGGCUUACCUCUACGAUUCUUUCCAGCUAACAGAGAACUCCUUUACAAGAAAGAAAAAUCUUCAUAGAAAGGUACUUAAACUUCACCCCUGUUUAGCCCCUAUUAAGGUUGCUUUGGAUGUGGGAAGAGGCCCAACAGUGGAAUUAAGACAGGUUUGUCAAGGGCUAUUUAAUGAAUUACUAGAAAGUGGAAUUUCUGUGUGGCCUGGUUAUUUGGAAACUGUGCAGUCCUCAUUGGAACAACUUUAUUCAAAAUAUGAUGAAAUGAGUAUCCUCUUCACGGUUUUAAUUACUGAAGCUACUUUGGAGAAUGGAUUAAUACAUCUGAGAAGUAGAGACACCACAAUGAAGGAAAUGAUGCAUAUAUCCAAACACCAACAACUACCAACCCAUGGCCAGUCCUGCCUCACCCACCCAGCGCCAGCCUUCCAGGCUUUUUUGAAGCAAAUCACAGUUAUCACUUCGUUUGUAAGUAUUUCAGUUAAGGAUCUUUUGUUAACCAUUAUCAUACCUAAAAAAAUUAAUACUAGAAGAUAUUAAGGAAUUAUUGACAAUUCCCUUGGGUGUGAAUGGUAUUAUGGCUUUAUUUUUCUGUUUAAAAAGUCCUUAUCUGAUAGAGACACAUACUUAAAUAUUUUGAGUGAAAUAAUAUAUCUGAGACUUGCUUUAAAAUACUCCAGUUUAAAAAAAAGUGGUGGGGGGCCAGUCCAGUGGUGUAGUCAUUAAGUUCAUGUGCUUUGAUGGCCCAGGGUUCACAGGUU